AUGGAUGACCAUAUCAAUCAUCAACAACCAGAGCCGGCUGUGAAUCCUGCUGCUGCUGCUGCUGCUGUUGAUGAUAAUGGUGAUUUAUCAAUGCAUGGCACGUCAUUGAUAAAAACUCAUCGAGAUGAUAAUGAUUCGUCGAUUCGUACCACCACAGCCAAUCCGGCUCCUUCUACUAUUGCACUGAGCCGAGCCGUCGAUAUGGGCACAAGCAGCGGCAUAUCGUCUGCAUUCGUCGCAUCUACGACACACCAUUCCAUGAGACCAACAAUAACAGCAAUUGAUGAGGAAUCAGAAGAGCGCGAAUACGAUGGUGAUGAGGACGAGCUGGAACGUCCGCUACUAGAGCAAGAGGAUGGACUGGAUAGUGGUCGUGGUGGUGGAGGAUUAGCCAUAGGCAAAAGACUGAAAUCAUCGGCGAAGAAACGCCUUGUAAGGAAGAAAAGAAGUAUGGAACGCACACCGCUUUUGGCAGCACGUUCGCAGAGUAUCAGUACAGCGACCGAUGGUGGAGGGGAGGGUGAUUCGUCAGGUGGAGUGAGUCAAAUUGGUCGUUUCUCUGCGUCGGAUGAUGAGGAUGCAGCCAGAAUGUGUGAGUUUCUGUGGUUAUUUUAUUAUUGUUUUUAG